UUUCAUUUGCAUGUGUUUUGUCCACACCCCUUACGAGAUAACGACAGGACCAAGCCUACAGAGCAUUGCCUACAGAGGGAGAAAGUGACACAGCUUGCAGUGUGUGUGUGUAUGCAGAGAAUUUGGGAUACACCGCGUAUUUACCGAGGAAUUAUUUUGCGCCAGAAACUUACUCGUGCCCUCCAUCGCGUUCAAAGUAUCAGAUUCAUUCAGCGCGCGGAUUGAAAGACGCGGAUUUGGAUUUAAGCACCGAUGAUACCAACCCUGACAGACAUGGAGUCCCUCCAAAUCUGUGUCCACCAUGUCCCUUUCUGUGCGCCCCACGCGGAGGGUCGUGGGCAGAUCCAUCACUAGAAGCCAGUCGUUCGCCGGAGUCAACUCCUACGACAAGUCCUACAGGAGUCUUUCAGUGUUCAGCACCCCGGGGUGUGUGAGGAAGACUCCCUCCAGAGCAAGCAGGAUGUUCACGCUCUCCACUAAAUCGCCUCCCCCAAAGGUGCCCCAGCCGGAGCGGCUGGACGAGGUGUACGAGGCCCUCAAGAGAGGACUGCAAUCAUACCUGCAGGUCCAUCAGAUGGAGCUGGACGGUCUAAACAGGCAAAUGAAGGAGUCUAAGAGGAACUCUCGCUUGGGUUUUUUGUAUGAACUUGACAAGCAAGUGAAAGUGAUCGAGAGAUUUAUGAGACGACUGGAGUUUCAUCUUAGUAAGAUUGAUGAGCUGUAUGAGGCCUACUGUAUGCAGCGCAGACUGAGAGAUGGAGCCGAUAAGAUGGUGAAGGCUUAUACUGCUUCUCCCGGCAGCAGAGAGGCUCGAGAAAGCCUGUCAGAAGCUAACAAGAGCUUUAAAGAAUACACAGAGAAUAUGUGCAUGCUAGAGAGUGAGCUGGAGAACCAGCUGGGGGAAUUCCAUAUCAAAAUGAAGGGCUUGGCGGGUUUUGCACGUCUAUGUGCUGGAGAUCAGUAUGAGAUCUUUAUGAAGUACGGUCGUCAGAGAUGGAAGCUGCGGGGUCGGAUUGAAAUCAAUGGCAAGCAAGUGUGGGACAGUGAGGAGAUGGUCUUCCUCCCGCUCAUCACAGAGUUCCUGUCCAUAAAGGUGACGGAGCUAAAGAGUCUGGCCAAUCAUGUGGUGGUGGGAAGUGUCUCGUGUGAGACGAAGGACUUGUUUGCUGCACUGCCACAAACAGUAGCUGUGGAUAUUAAUGACCUGGGCACCAUCAAACUCAGUCUAGAGGUCACCUGGAAUCCAUUUGACAAAGAUGAUCAGUCGUCUUCAGCCAGCACCGUGAACAAAGCUCCUACUGUCAACAAACGAUUUUCUACCUACAACCAGAGUCCUCCAGACACUCCUUCUCUACGAGAGCAGGCCUUCUAUACAGCUCCACGUAGCCUGAUGUCCAAACAGCGCUGGUCCUUACUGGAUGUGUUCAGAGACACACUGACAGAGAAACUGACUCAAAGCUGCUCAUAUAGUGAUGUCACUUCUGUUCGCCUCGGCUCGGCUCUGCUUACCAGUCAUAACAUGUUGAGGAGACAAGAAGACAUGGAGAACGGGACAGCCUGGUCAAACUCCUCUGAAUCCUCAGACGACUCAUCCAGUCCUCAGCUCUCCUUAGCAAUGCGUCACGCUCACAAAAACUUGGUUCAGCCUGAGGUACAAGCUGCUCCUCCUGCCAUCGAAAUCUCAUUUGCACCCCGCGAAUCAGCCACCUCUACUCCCACCCGCCUUGCCAAUCAGAAGGAAGAGGACGAGGAAGAGGAAGAAGAUGAGGAUCUAAAGAAACCAGCAGCCACCAUAAGAGUCACAACAGAGGCUCCUGCAAAACCGGAAGUGCCCAAUGGCCAUCCUCGCUACUCUCGCUCGCUUAGCCAUAUUAGCGAAAUCAGCGCAGAUGGUGUUUUGACAGAAAGAUUGGCUGGGGAAUCCGACGAAGUGACUUCAACGGUCUCUUCGGUAUUAGAUAGUGACAUUUCCAUGGAUGUUCCUCACCGAGCAGAACUGUGUUUUGUUGUACCAGACACUCAGGAGAGCUGCUCUGUUCCUGAUCCCUCAACAAAUGAGCCAUCGUGUCCUGCUGAGCCAAUGAACUGUUCAGAAUGUCACUCUCCUGCUGAAAGCGUAGUUCGUGAGACGGCUGCUGAGAAAGCUUCAGAGCUCACCUGUGGAGAUAAAGACUCUGCCCACAAUGCUUUGUCCCAGCAGAUGGACAAUGGGGAUUGUAGAACUGAUUCCUCUCAUGAGCCGCAACACACAAAGACACAAACAGACAAUCUGCUGGCAGAGAAGUCUGGCUCUUUGGUGGACAGCAGAUCUGUGGGUGGUUUGGAAGGACAGUCCGUGGACAAUGGUCUAGAGGAGGCCCUAAGUGGCGUUUUAUCUUCUCUUGAUGAUUACCGAGGCCAGUUCCCUGAACUACAGGUUCUUGAGCAGGAGCUGAAGAUGCUGGAGGAGACUCUCACGACGCGGAGUCGCAGUCGCUCCUCCAGUGUCAGUUUGACAGUUGAAACGGCUCUGGAAAGCUUUGACUUCCUCAACACAUCAGACCUGGAGGAAGAAGAAGAGGAGGAGGAGGAGGAAGAUGGAGAGAAACAGAGUGUGACAGACAGAAGCAGCACUAAGGAGCGUCCCGCAGCUGUGGAGAGUGCAGGAGAGGACGAGGGCUGUGAGGCCAGAUGUUGGGACACUCCUUCUGGUCCUCUCAGUACAAAUUGCCCAGCUCUAGAUCACACCCUGCUGGUUCAUCUCAAGUACUGCAGCUCACAGCUGCUGAGACUAGGCACCUUUGGGCCUCUGCGCUGUGGAGAAAUGUAUGCUCUAGACCGACUUCUCAGAGAAGCAAGAGUUCUGGAGCUCAUACGGUGGGCCGUGAAGGACUCGAGGGGUGCAGACGUCCAACCAGAAGAAGUUGUUCCUCAGUUAGAUCAGUGUCAGGGGGCCGUGUUGCUGUGGCGUCAGUGUACGGAUGGCUGCGGCGUCUACAGCUCCUCCGCUGAGGCCUUCUUACAGGCGCUCAGUGAUGCUUACGCUAGCAGACUCCCUGAGAGAGGAGCCGGCUUCACUGAUGCAGUUUUUCUGCGUCUGCUGGAGAGGAUCCUGGAGAGGAAGCUGCCCAGGCGUGCAGGAGGCACAUCCAAAGAGAGUCUCACCCUUUUCCAAUUUUGGAGCUACCUGGAGGCAGAGGGAGUGAAUGACUUGGACACACACAUUCCUGAGCUGGCUGAAGAAGUGUGGCUGGUUCAGUGUCUGCAGUCUGGUGAUCAGGAUGUUCUGAUCAAGUGUUUGAAGAAGCCCCCGGAGUGCAGUCUGAAGAGAGAGGGUCUGCGGGCGGUCAGUCUGCUGCUCCGGGACCCGAGAGGGAAAGUGUGCAGCGCCGCCAGUUCCCUGCUGAGGAGUCUAGCAGACCAGACCCGGCACAGGGAGAGGGCGCUGGUGAGCUGUCUAGAGUUACUGGAGGAUGAAAGCAUUGAGACGCGAGUGUGUGGAUGUAAAGCACUCGCAUGUCUGAAGGCCAAAGAGAGCAUCGAGCAGCUGGUGUAUCUGUGCCGGACAGAUAAGGAGGAUGUGAGAGAUGCUGCCAAACAAGCCCUGCUAGUGCUAGGUGAGGAGGGAAAGAUGGCUCAUCGACACCUUGAGUCCUCACAAGAUGGGAUGUCCCGGCUCUUCUCCCCCGGCAGUAUGGCCAGUACAGCGUUCUAACACAAUCAACCGGGCCAAAAACAACACCUUCAAGUAUCCUCACCAUCAUGUUCAUGCCAGAUACAAACUAUUAAAUACACACUAAACGACACACAAAUCACACUCUCACAGAUAGAGUGCCAGCGCUGUCCUCAAAAGAUGUGGACGGAUGCUAUAUACAAUCAUUGGACCAGAGGACUUGUAUAUUAUUAUUAACAUUCUGGACAUGGCCUAAUAAGAUGAACUACUGUAAAGUAAUGUGGAAGUGGGUUUAUAAACAACAUGUGCUGCCUUAUGAUUGGGCCCAAUGGAGUUGCCUUCACAAUUCAAGGACGUUUUUCAGCAAUGCAAGUGGUGACUGAUAGCGACGGGAGAUGAAGUGUUAUUUUCACUUUAAUAAUGCAAGUAGAUGGCGACUACCUGCCGAGUACACGGAGAAACUGGUCGUCUGUAAGGAGUGCUUAUGUGUGCGUGUACAUAUAGAUUGCAGAAUGUACGUUGGUAAAGCAGGAUGGGAAUCAUGGGAAGCGUUUCCUUAUAAAUCCCAAACUUUCAUAGGGACCUUGUUGCCAUAAAAGUGUAACAGUGCCAUUCCAUACUGUCAUAUGCUUUAUUGAUACAGAAUAUAUAUCUAUAUCCCAUUGGAAGUGUAAAUGUUUUGUGUUGUAAUUUAGUUUUAAUGUUGAAAUGCUCAAUGGCAAGCGCAGAUUUCAUUUGAUUCACCAUUUACUUCACUUUUAAGGCACUGGCGAUGUAAAAGUGGUGUAUUUUUGAAGAUGUCAUCAUUAUCAUGAGUGAAAGCUAUGGUGAAUAUUGCUUUUUGCGAUGGGUUUGGGCAACCUCUUCAUGCUCUUUAUAUUUGAAUGAUGUUCGACUCAGAGCAUUUCUCCAGUGCUGCUAGACUGAAAGAGUUGGAGCCAGAGAAGGUUUGUUCAUUUAUUUUAUUUAGUUUUUUAUACGAAUUCAAUCUGUUCCAGACUUAAAUAUGACAAAGAAAACGCCUCUUCAGUGUACAAGUGCCUCGAAUUAGCAUGGGGAGCAAGAGAAUGAGAUAGAUAGACUUAAUUUAAAACUCAAGGACUGUGGUUUAGGAUUGCAAACCGCAGAACAGAUUUAAAUAAAUAUAUUUUUCAUUAUUAUCUACAGAUUGUGCAGCAUUAAGGAAGUGAUUUACUUUUGAUUUUUGUUUUUUAUUUACUCUAAAUAUGUAUAUUGUCUGACAAGGAUAUUGCUGACAUCAACUGUAAAGGAAACUAUUAAAAUUAUGAACACUUAUA